AAGUCAACUCAUUUUGGACAUAACAAGCAGAAAUAUAUAAACAGUGAAUGAAUCAGAUUAAUUGAUCAAUCAAUUUAGUGCGUUGAAGUUAAUUAAUGAAAUAAUAGCUAUAAAAAAAUGGGUGGUGUAUUUGGAAAAUCAAAAAAGCCAGUAAGCAGAGUUACUGAGCAGGAUAAAGCAGUUCUACAAUUGAAACAACAAAGAGACAAAAUUAAACAAUAUCAGAAAAGAAUUGAACAAUCACUUGAGAAAGACCGUCAAUUGGCUAUAAGCUGUCUAAAUAAAGGACAAAGAGAGCGUGCAAAAUUAAUUCUACGUAAAAAGAAGUAUCAGGAGAAUUUAUUAGGAACAACUGAUAAAGAACUUGAGGCACUAGAGAAAUUAACAAGUGACUUAGAAUUUGCUCAAGUUCAGCAACAAGUCUUGGAUGGUCUUCAAGUUGGAAAUGAAGCACUUAAAAAGAUUCACGAAAUACUUACGAUCGAUGAAGUCGAAAGAAUUAUGGACGAAACGAGAGAAGGAAUUGAAAAACAACAAGAAAUUGAUGCUAUAAUAUCUACUGGAGCACUUUCUACUGAAGAUGAGGACAGUGUGGCAGCAGAAUUAGAGGAAUUAGUUGCAUCUACAUUGCCGGCAAUUGACGAGGAUAUCGAUGAUAAAUUACCGAAUGUUCCGACAGAGGAACCAGAAAUCGAAAAGAAGAAUAGGAAGGAAAAGGAACCACAAGAUCGUGUUGCACUUGAAGCUUAAAAUUUAACUUGAUGCUUAUGUCAAUCAGCUAUUAACUAUAUAAAUUGCAUGAAUGAAUGCUUCAAUUACAAAUUAUUAUGUGUAUUGUUGUAUAUGUAAGCAUGCCGAAGGAGAAAUAAUCAGGAAUGAUUAUUAUAUCAAUAUCAAUUUAACAAGGUAUAUACAUUGUAACAUGUAUUCCUAUAAAUCUUUUUAUUUUUAUUAUGUGAGUGUAUCCUUUUUGCUAAAAGAGUAUUUACUAUUAACAAAACAAAAGAAAAAGCUAUUUAGAGCCUAUUAAGUGUAAAAGCGAAAAUGAAUAUAUUUACAUAUUUUAAUGCGGAAAUACCCCCAGUACAAAAAAAAAAAACUUUCUGAACAAAGUCACAUGUUAUACAUUCUUAGAGAAUUAUCGCAUGCUAAAAUCACAAUUUGGAAUAGCUAAAGUCAUUAUUUGUUCUUCUGCUCGCCGCUUUCCCGCUUUUUCAGUCAAUCUACAUGUUUAUUCCUUUUUUAUUAGUCAUGCAAAUGCAAAACAUACUGUAGAAACAAAUGCCUCCGCAUCAAAUAAAUCUCAUCUUCUCAUUUACUCAAUUUUAAAAUUGUAACAAAAAAAAAAGAAGGAACAAAGAGAAUCGCUGAGUUAAUGCAUUUACAAAAAAACA